AUGGACUCUUGUUCUUUUGAUGGCGAAAUAAUCCCAAACGAGAAGGAAUGGCGGCUGAGUUCGUGUGCCAAAUGCCUCUGUCGGGAUGGCUCUCUCCAAUGUUUCACCGUUUUUUGUCCACCUGCCUUCUGUAAUGCGGAUGAAAGUCUAGUCAUACCAACUGGAAAAUGUUGUCCAGAAUGCGCUCAAAAAUCCUGCUUUGCAUUUGGGACAUCGUACCAGCAUGGUGAAGAGUGGAAGAAAGAUGCCUGCACCACUUGUGUAUGUGACCGAGGAGAAUCCAGAUGUUUUACAAAGACCUGCCCCACGCUGAAUUGUCAGAAGGAGGAGAACAAAGUGCGUCGCCCUGGGAAAUGUUGUGAAGAGUGUGUCCUUUCCAAGGGCAGCUGUGUGCACAACGGCACCCUCAAAUACCACAAUGACCUGUGGAAUGGUACGGACUGCAGCUUCUGUAGCUGUGAUGGAGGCCAGGUGGCUUGUCGGAAGGCAAAGUGUGCCAAAGUGGACUGUGCAAAGGGUGAAGAAUUAUUUCAUUUACAAAGCAAGUGCUGCCCUGAAUGCAUCUCGAGAGGGGGUUCCUGUGUUUACAAGGAAUAUACCAAAGAUGUAAGCCACUGCCAUCCUGAUUGCUUGACCUGCAACCAGGCAUUUGAUGGCUGUGAUGCCUGCCGAGAUUCCACCAAGUUUCUACUGAAGGGGCGUUGCGUUGACAGCUGUGGGGCUGGCUUCUAUCCAGAUGCUGGCCUUUGCGUAGCUUGCCACGGAUCCUGUGCUACGUGCCGGGGUCCCACGGCAAACAACUGUUCCACCUGCCGAGACCCGUCUCUUGUGUUACUGGAAGGCACGUGCGUGGCUAAUUGUGGACAGCGGUUCUACGUUAUGGAUGGAGUUUGCAGAGCUUGCCAUGAAGGUUGUGAAAUAUGCUAUCCGGACCGGCUGAGAUGUUUGUCCUGUGCUUCAGACCGUGUUCUGCUUGAGGGCAACUGCAUGUCAGAAUGUCCCCCUGGCUACUACGCAGAUGGCUCUCACAAAUGCAGAG